UGAAGUUUGGGACUGGGCUUCACAACGCGACCUCAAUAGGUGCGUAGCGGGGUGAUACACCACCAUGUGGUCUGAUUGAUGUGUCAAAGCACAUCAUGAGCGCUCGACUUGUAAUCUUGCACACCGCAAACUGAACGACACUAAAACAGCUUGGCAAGUGACAUUUUACGUUUUCAUUUCACCUACAAUUUUUUCACGCCUUGCUUUGCUGCCUUGUCUUUUGUCAUAUGGAACAAAGCGCUAUGUACACCUGCCAGAGAAGAUAAUAACGACCAGCAAACGGGGGUUUGGCCACUGUUUAAUAGAAGAGCCAGUUUUAAAUGAUCGGAGGGAUUUGGUGAGUUAUCAUCUGGAAUUCUUCAUUAAAACUGGGAUCUAUGAGCGGGAAAGCAUUACUAAAGACGAAAGAAGACAAGGAUGCAACCAAGGUAUACACUGUUCAAGAUGGCAAGGAGUACAUUCUGUUGCGGACGGACUCAACUCUGUCUCUUGCUGUAGAUAAGAAAGAAAACUCACCCUUUCAUAGUAAAUGUCAGGAGCUCUUUUGCUGUCCGUUCUGGAAACUCUUCGUUCUAAAGAAAAAAGAAAAUACUGAAGAGCCUCAGCUCAAGGGGAUAGUCACCAAGCUCUACAGUCGACAAGGCUUUCAUCUACAACUCCAAGCUGAUGGGACCAUCGAUGGUACAAAAGAGGAAGAUAAUAGCUAUGCUAUAUUCAACCUCAUCCCCGUUGGGCUGCGGGUGGUGGCUAUACAGGGCGUCCAGACCAAGCUCUACCUGGCCAUGAACAAUGAAGGCUACCUGUACACCUCUGAGCACUUCACGCCAGAGUGCAAAUUCAAAGAGUCAGUGUUUGAGAACUAUUACGUGACCUACUCGUCAAUGAUCUAUCGGCAGCAGCAGUCGGGCCGAGGCUGGUACCUGGGUCUCAACAAAGAGGGUCAAAUCAUGAAGGGCAACCACGUAAAGAAGACCAAGCCAGCUGCACACUUCAUCCCCAAACCUCUCAAAGUUGCCAUGUACAGAGAGCCGUCGCUCCACGAUCUGACCGAGUUUUCCCGCUCCGGAAGUGGCACUCCAACCAAGAGCCGCAGCGCCUCGGCCAUGCUCAACGGUGGCAAGACUCUGAGCCAGAACGAGUCAACAUAACCGCAGAACACAACUGCGGUCUGCUGCUGUACAGCUGCUGGACUCUACCAUCAACUAAACAGCACAAACGCGUUUACAAGAGUGCAGUGAAACCCUUAGCUGGUCGCUAGCUAGUGUUUCCUGAAAUCACUGUGAUGAGAACACAAGUGCAAACCUACAUUGUACAAUCUUCUGCAGGUCAACCUCGUGAGACAGACAAACCAAGCCAUCUUUCUGAUGUAGGGGUCGGCGUCCAUUUGCGGGCGAUCCCGUUUCCAUGUGUAGCAUACAGAGCUGUGGUUUUCUCCUGUGGCACUGUCACAGAAUCUUCUAGAACACCUACUUUUGUGUUUUGCUCCAUUUCUUCUUAGGGAUGCCAACUCCAUAGUGCUAAGUCAACUACAACAUGACAAUAGCAGCUUGUGCGACCCAUUUAUCGGUAUAUAGAGACAGAAAUCCCAAAGGUUUUUGGACAUAUGAUACAAAUAUUUUAGCUCAGCUUUUUUGAGGCAGCGGUUCAUUGUUGUGUGCUUUUUAGACGAGGCGUUUUGCUCCUCGCUUCUCUUUUUCUGUCUUUUCAGCUUCCCCCCCCACACACUGUUAUUCUGCAAAUUAAACAGAUUUAGGGUUCGGUCUGUCUGCACACCAAAGAUGUCAUUAGUCUCUUUGUAUGGAGGUAAGUCAAUUUGUGUAAUUUCAGCUCCCUCAGACAGAUGGUAGAGAAAACCGCAAGAGUGAAUGUCAUUUAGUCAGAGGAAAUGUAUUCAGGAUAGAAGAAGGCUACUCGCUGUGCGUCCCUGCUUUUUUUUCUGUUUAUGUCUUCCUUUACUUCCCCUCUCAUUUGGGAACCCAGCAUCUUGGAGAAGUGUCAAAUUAAAAAAUGUUUAAAUUAUUGAUUAAUGCCAAGCCGGUAAGAUUUCCGUUACGUAAAAACAGGGCAGGCUCCCCCCCGACUCUCUUUCGUAAACAAAAAUGUAAUGUUAACUGAGUAAGAGAAAGCUUCCAUUGCUUUUACAGGGCUAAAUCGGCAUAAGUAAAUAAUUUGUGUGUGAAAAUUCCUUCUUAUGGGUCUUCUUUCUAGUCUUCAGUGGUCAGGCAGCAGCCCCUGUUUAUAAUUUUGAUCAAAAUCCUCUUCUGUUGUAUGUAUGUAUGUAUGUAUGAAGCAUAUUUAAUGCAUGGGGGACAAUGGACGCUGCAUGUUAUGUGGCUACGUAUAUUAACUACAAUAUGGAACCAUGUGCUCUAAUGGAUACUGGAGUAAAAUACAAAUGUAUAUAUAUGCAUUUUAUCCUGCUACCCGCCUGUUUAUUAUUUGUUGUACAUUUAAGAAGCUGCACUGAAUAAAAUGUUUUGUAUGUUCA